AUGCCGAGGAGUCUGAUCCCUGCCCCCCAAAACGACCCUGGGCAGAGCCAGGUCCAGCAGGGCUUCUUGGCUCCUUCUCAGCAAAGCUACACGCUCCUGGGUGCAGGACCGUGUCCCCGGGAGAGUAAGGACCUACAAGCCCUUCCUCACAGGAUAUUUGAGGAAGGGCUGGAGUCCAAAGGAUGCUUCAUCCGUUCAUGUAAACGUGACCUCCUGUGUGAGAGAUCUGCCUGUUUGCUAUCUGACGAAGACAUUGAGCGCUUCAGGAAGGAGUUUGUGAGGAUCUGUAACAAGGAGGUGAAUCCACCGGGAGUUCUGAUAAUGAGAGACGAGAUCUGCAGACCCAACCUCAUUCGGUCUGAAAAAACAGUUAAUAAAGUGCAUGAUUUCUGGGAAGAUGAAGAGUUGCUCAGAUACCAUACUCUGCCAGAGGUCCUAAAAUAUGCUGAAUGCUUCGCAGGGCCGAACAUAAUGGCCAUGCAGAUGAUGCUGAUAAAUAAACUUCCAGAUCCUGGUACGCAGAGCUCCAGGGAGAGGGAAAUGCAGAAGUUGGUCCGCCGAUCAAAUUUUUCCAUGGGCUGCUGGACUAUGAUGAGAAGAGUCCCAGGGCUCACCUUGUCAUGGAGAAAGGAGACACGGUGUUCUUCCAUCCCCUGCUCAUUCAUGGCUCCGGGAUAAACAAGACAUCAGGUUUCCAAAAGAGUAUAAGCUGUCACUUUGCCAGCUCUGAGUGCUACUACAUUGACGUUAAGAACACGAUCCAAAAGCAACUGGAGAAAGAAGUGAUUCGAAUUUGGACAUGCAAAAUAUAAAGUGACUUCUGCUUCAGACCUUGCGGUAAUCUUAAAUCAUGACCUUGUCUUGUAACUAGCAAGCAUUUUGGGCCUUUUUGCUGAUAAGGCUGCUUUUUGCUGCCUGGCUGCCUGUGCUGGAGAGGUGCCCUUGCUCUCCAGGCAGCCCCUUCACGUCUCUGGAAAGCAACAGCGGAGCUCUGCAAGUUCCUCCUCUAGCUCUGCUCAUCACCGUUCCCACCUCUGAGCUACCAAAAUUGAUUUCAUCCACUCACCUUGGUAUCUUUCAGUGCAAAUCAACCCAGUUGGGCAAACGUACGCCAGGAGCUGGUUAGGUGACCAUAACUCAAUUUGCAAGAAUAGGAGGGCAUAGUUUAUAGAGUACCUACCUGUGGUGUCUUCUCUGCAUACCACAUCAAUCCAAUGAGCCUUUUGGGAUUUGUAGCUUUUUAUUUCAUUUAGCGUUUCUGUGCUUUUCUGUGGGAGACUUUGAAGACACAAUUAACAAGUUAAUGGGUAUUUUUAUGAAUGUGUGGCCAAACAGAUAAGCUCAUGCCAGGAAUAAGCAGGAAACACUGUGUCCAAAGAUGGUGGCUUCCAGGUAUUUCUUUGUUUCAUUUUUUUGUGGGAUUUUUUUUUUUUUUUUUUUUAAUGCAGGGUGUUUGGAAGAAGCGAGCAAAGGUCGUGCAAGGAAAAAGAAUUAAUCUUUAAAGUGGCCUCUGAAGACCAGGAUGGAAAACAUGUGCCUGAGCAUCAGCUUCUGAGUAGCCAGAUUUAUGUGCUUUUUGCCCUCCAUGUAAGAAACAUGCCCAAAUACUGCAUUACAAAAUCAUUUUAUGCUAAUACAAAAUAGUUGCAUUGAGGUUGAACAGCUGAUGUACUUCAAAGAAAACCUGACCUACAAAACCAGAUUUGCUGCAGUUAUUUUAGGUAAUCAAAGAAAAAUGACGAAGGGAGAUGUGCUUUGCUUCUUUAAUAUUUUUUUCUGGUCUCUUUCCUGAUAUGCAUUUGGGCUGAUGCUCUAUUAAUGUAAGGUUAUUAAUAAUCUUAAUAGGAUUGUAAUAAUUAUUACGGUUAGAUGAAAUUAAUAUUAUUAAUAUAAGAUUCUGUGCACGAUUAUGUUUUUAAGGUUUCCAACAUCCUUUUCCCGUGCAAAAUAAACACAGCGCAUCAGAGUUUCAUGCAAGUUUCAGUAUGAGCUGACAUGGGAAGUCAUGUACAGCUGAUGAAGAUGUGGAUUUUUUUUUUUUUUUUUUGAAAUAAAGAUUAAAUUAGAGCAAAA